AUGUACGUUCCUAAUGAAGGUGGUUUGGCAGAGGAAGAUGUGAAAUUGAAGACACGGUUUCAAGGACAAGUAUUAGUCUUGUAUGCCAAAAUUCCAUUACGAAUGGAAACAUUUUUGGGCAAUUUGCGUGAGGCAUGCAAACAGGCUCAAAAUCAACCUAUUACUGUCAAAUGGAUUGAUGAAGAAGGUGAUCCGUGUACGAUUUCAUCUCAAAGGGAAUUAGAUGAAGCAAUACGUUUGUUACAUGCAAAUGGUGAAGCAGAACUUAACGUACAUGUUUUUCUUGGUAUUCCUCCUCUGCCUGGUCUUCCUUGUAAUGGAGAAGAUAAAACGGUAUAUCGGCGCGGUGCACGUCGUUGGAAAAAAUUUUAUCAUGUAAAUGGACAUCGAUUUCAAGCUAAGCGCCUAAAUCGAAGAGUUCAGUGCUUCUUUUGUAACGAUUACAUCUGGGGUCUUGGACGUCAGGGUUACCGUUGUGCUGACUGCCGUCUUUGCGUCCAUAAGAAGUGUCAUCGGGCUGUGCGACAACCAUGUGGUGAUAAUGGUAGUGAGGCAGUAAUAAUAUCUCCACCUUCCGUACCUGUGAUUUCUACAAAAUUCAAUGGAGCAGCUAUGGAACGUAUUGGGCUUGAUAAUCAAGCAUUUAAGGAAUCUGAAAUCGAAGCAGUGAAUAAUGCUGUUAAUUUAUUAUUUCAGCAGCAAGAUUCAGUGAUUCGUCAUGCAGCAAAGGAUUCGAAAUGGACUGUAUCAUUAGAUGAUUUCAAUCUUUUAACUGUGAUAGGGAGAGGUUCAUAUGCAAAAGUUAUUCAAGCGGAGCAUAAGAAGACUGGUACAGUAUAUGCAAUUAAGAUAAUCAAAAAGCAAAUGUUCAGUGAUGAUGAGGAUAUUGAUUGGGUGCAAACAGAAAAAUCGGUCUUCGAAACAGCUUCAAAUCAUCCGUUUCUUGUUGGACUCCAUUCAUGCUUUCAGACUGAUUCGCGAUUAUUUUUUGUCAUUGAAUUUGUACCUGGUGGUGAUUUGAUGUUCCAUAUGCAAAGACAACGUAAACUACCUGAGGAUCAUGCUAGGUUUUAUUCUGCAGAAAUAAUAAUAGCGUUGCAUUUUCUACAUUCUCGCGGUAUAAUUUAUCGUGAUUUGAAGUUGGAUAAUGUUCUAAUAGAUGCUGAUGGACAUAUCAAGUUGACCGAUUAUGGAAUGUGCAAGGAGAAUAUCGGACCGGGUGAUGUUACUAGUACAUUCUGUGGAACACCAAAUUAUAUUGCUCCUGAAAUUUUAAGAGGAGAGGAUUACGGAUUCAGCGUAGAUUGGUGGGCACUUGGUGUACUGAUGUAUGAAAUGAUGGCUGGCCGUUCACCUUUUGACGUAGUUGGUAUAGUUGGCGAUGUAGAACAAAAUACUGAAGAUUACUUGUUCCAAAUUAUAUUGGAGAAACAAAUAAGGAUUCCAAGGUCACUGUCAGUAAAGGCUGCCACUAUACUGAAAGGUUUUUUGAAUAAGGAUCCAAGUGAACGACUAGGUUGUAGUUUAAAUAUCGAAGAAGCAUUAGAAGAAAUGAAAAAUCAUACGUUUUUCCGGACGAGUAUCGAUUGGGAAUUGUUAGAAGCACGACAAGUGACGCCCCCUUAUAAUCCAUCCGUAUCGAGCGAUCGCGAUUUGCAGCAUUUCGAUACUACAUUCACAGAUGAAGCUCCGAACUUAACACCAGAUGAUCCGAACGUCAUCGAGAAGAUUGAUCAGACUGAAUUCGAAGGUUUUGAAUAUAUCAAUCCACUACUGAUGGCAAAAGAAGAAAGUGUUUAG